AUGCAAAGUGGCCAAGCUCAAAUUAAAGUCGUUCUUCUUGGUGAUUCAGGUGUUGGAAAGUCCAGUCUUGUCUUGAGAUUUGUUGCUGAUAAUUUUAAAAUUGAUAGCGAUUCAACAGUUGGUGCUUCAUACAUGGGCAAAAGUUUACAAUUUAAUGAUAAGACGAUUAAAUUCAACAUCUGGGAUACAGCAGGCCAAGAAAGGUAUCAUAGCUUAGCCAAAAUGUACUAUAGAGAUGCACAAGCUGCAAUCAUUACUUACGAUAUUACCAAGCGUGAAAGCUUUGAAGGGCUUAAAAGGUAUUAUCGAGAAUUGCAAGAGUUCGGACCAAAAGAUAUCGUUAUUAAUAUUGCUGGAAAUAAAGAAGAUUUAGUCGAAACUGAAGCUGUUCCUCCAGAAGAAGCUGGCUCUCCCCCUUUUAGAGCACAAAACACACGAAAAUUAUCCCCUUAAAGAUCGAGUAAAAUUAUUGUUAAUAAAAUAUUUUUAUAUAUAAUUAAUUUUUGCUAAAAUAAAUGAGCCAUUAGGCAAAAUUAUUUUUAAUUUAAGACAGGCUGCAUUUUUGAAAAUUAACUUUAUAUAUUAAAUUAGGUCUUUUCUUUUCAAAUAUUUGAAAAUUUGGGUUCCUAAAAUCCAAAACAUUUUAUUUAAAAUAAAUUAACCCUAUUAAGAGCAAUCAAAAAUUUAUUGGUGGGGAAUAAGGAGUUCGCAAGUUCUAUCGGAGCAAUAUAUCGGAAGACAUCUUCCUUACUUACGUAUUACGAGUGAUUUGAGUCCACUUUGUCAACUCGGUUACCAUGGAUCCCACCAGGGGAUUAAUCUACUUUUAGGUAAUGUCUACUUCCGAUUUCCGGAAAGGUGAGUUGCCUGGCCGUAACCUCCCCUUGCUACCCCGAUUUAGAUUUAACUUUGAAUGGACAGUCUAUGGAUUCGCGGGGCCUUGCUUCAUGCUGCUGCGAACGAAGUUGCCUGCACAGAAAAUCUAAAAAAUGGGAUUUUCUGGCAGACUAUCGGAAAAAUGAAGAGCAUGUAGCCUGAGAUAUAAUACUCAGUUUCAAGCUACUGGGGUUUCCUCUUUCAACAUCCGUGCCUUCCUUUCCUCGAGGAGAAAGCCAUCCUUAAAUUAGACUAGGGUGAGACUCUGACACAACUAGAAUUGCUUACCGACCCAUCUCCAGAAUAGGAAAAACUUUGCCGGCUAUAAUUAAAUAUGUGCUCGAAGGUAGUCGGCGAAGCGCUAAGAUGCCAUAUUUAUAUCGGAAGACAUCAGCAAAAACAAACUAUGGAGUUGAGCAAAUGUUCAGAGAUAUAGCUGCAAAGGUACUUCCAGAUGUAAGCGCUCCUCAAAGCACGCCAAAACGAAACACAGUUGUCCUCGAUAAGUCUUUGAGCCCUACAAAAAAAAAGGAUGGAGGCAAAUGCUGCUAA